AGAGUGGGACAUAGAGAGUCCAAUUCACGAGUUGUUUCUAUAAUAACUCAUGCACAGGUCCUUGUAUGGUGCACGCUUAACAUAAUCUGAAACUAAUAAACAAACAAACAAACAAACAAACAAAUAAAAGGAUGUGUUGGUAUUUAACAAAGAAAAAUAUAUAUACAUUCAUAUUAUGAUAUAUAUUGUUAUUAAGUGUUGUUUUUUUUUAAUGAAGGAGGUGUUUGUUUGCUAUUUAUGAAAAGCGUGUUGAGUGUCAGCUUUGUUUUUUUUUUUUUUUUUACUGAAAACAGUCAAUAGGUUUUCCACCACAUGAAAGUCUUCAGGACUUCUGGUUCCUCUGUGACAUGGAAAAGUGCCAUUUUAAGAAACGUCAAGAAAGAGAAAGAAAAAGAGCCGAUGAUGAGGUGUUUGUGACUCUUAAUAGCAUGAUAAAAAGAACCGGUUUCAUGGGUGUUCGACAACAUUAAAUGUAACCAAAAAUGGAUAAAAAAGCAAGCGCUAGCUUUCAUUAUUAAAUCGUAAAUUGUAAUUUUUGACACAUUGCUGUGGUCUAAGAGGAAUCAAAGGUAUAUUUUAUGGUGUGCUCUUAUGGGAAAUAAUCAUCUUCAGAGUGGUAACAGUAACCCGUCUUUCGUUUUUAAAGAGUCUGGGGAGUAGUCUGUAGGGACGUUGCCAUAGUAACAUAGUAAUUCCUCAGAGACAGGUUGAGGGCGCAAAUAGUACGUUGCCUAUCCCGGUGCAUAAUAGGAUUAAAACUGUGCACUUGAUAUCCUCCACUAUGAUUUCGGAGGGCAUUACAAAAUGGCAGAUUCUGAAAACAGGGCACAGUUUCGGAGUACGUAAACUUGUCCACUAGAUGGCAAUAACGAUCUAGUAACUUGUCUGUUACCCGGAAGUACUUUCAGACUGCAGCCCGUAGUAUUUUUUUUUCCGGUAUUUUGAAAACGCGCCGAGUAACUUUCAGCUGGUUGUGACUUGGAGCUGAUGGGGGACGAAAAAGACACCUGGAAGGUUAAAACACUCGAUGAAAUUUUACAAGAGAAAAAACGCAGACGAGAGCUUGAGGAGAAGACAGAACCUAAGCGCGUGAAAAAUACGGAUGAUCGGGAAGCCAAACGUGACACUCCAGAGGAAGGAGAAUUACGGGACCACAGGAUGGAAAUAACAAUACGCAACUCUCCAUACAUAAGGGAGGACUCCACAGAAGACAGAGGAGAGGAAGAUGAAUCGCUAGCUAUAAAACCUCCUCAACAGAUGUCCAGAAAAGACAAGGCGUACCACAGGAAAGAAGAGAAACGGAAGGAUAAGAGGAGACGCAGGAGCCAUUCUGCAGAAGGAGCAGGAAAGCACGUCCGCGUAAAGGACAAAGAGAAGGAACGAGAGAACGAAAGGCGGAAACGGCAGUGGCAGGACGACACCAAAGUUCGCAGGGACUAUGAUCGACAGAAGCGCCGGGAUCAGGCCAGGGCCCACUCGCGCAGGGAGAGGGACCGUCUGGAGCAGCUGGAGCGGCAGCGUGAGAGGGAGAGGAAGUUGCGUGAGCAGCAACAAAAGGAGCAGAGAGAGCAGCGCGAGCAGAAAGAGAGGGAGAGGAGGGCUGAGGAGAGACGCAAGGAGCGGGAGGCACGACGAGAAGGUCCCCCUUCCCACCACCGGGGCGGCUCCCUGGAGGAUUACGGGGACAAAUCCAAGUCUAGGCACCGCAGCCGUAGCCGGAGUCCUGUUCGUUUACAGAGAGAGCAAAGACCAGAGAGUAGUGAACAACGGCGACCAGUGAAAGAAGAGAAGCAAGAGGAUUUACUGGCUGAUCUUCAGGAUAUCAGUGACAGUGAGAGAAAGACAAGUACGGCUGAGUCUUCAAUUGGCUCAGCUUCUGGUUCAGAGGAGGAGGAGGAGGAGGAGGAGGACGACGACGACGAAGAGGAGUCGAGCAGCCCGAGUGAGGAAAAUGAAGAGGGAGAGUCGGGAUCAGACUCUGAAAGAUCUGAGCAGAGCGCAGAAGACGUGAGUGAAGACGAGCAAUCAGAAGAGGAGGAGGACGAAAGAGAGAAUGGCAACCACAUACCUGCUGGUGAGGUCCCAGAGUCACGGUUUGAUCACGACUCAGAGGAGAGUGUUGAGGAAGAUGAGGGUGAGGAAGUAGACGCGGCAGACGUGACCCCUCAGUCUCACUCUCAGUCAGCCACACCAGAGGAAAAUUACGUCCCAGAUUCUCCACCAGUCUCACCUGUAGAGCUGAAAAAAGAGCUGCCCAAAUAUCUGCCUGCCUUACAGGGUUGCCGUAGUGUGGAGGAAUUCCAGUGUCUGAACCGUAUAGAAGAAGGUACAUAUGGGGUGGUAUACAGAGCCAAGGACAAGAAAACCGAUGAAAUCGUAGCUCUUAAAAGGCUGAAAAUGGAGAAGGAGAAAGAGGGCUUUCCAAUCACCUCCCUGCGAGAGAUCAACACCAUCCUGAAGGCCCAACACCCCAACAUUGUCACUGUCAGGGAGAUAGUUGUGGGCAGUAAUAUGGAUAAGAUCUACAUAGUGAUGAAUUAUGUAGAACAUGACCUAAAGAGUCUCAUGGAAACCAUGAAACAGCCUUUCCUACCAGGUGAAGUGAAGACUCUGAUGAUUCAACUACUAAGAGGAGUUCGCCAUCUCCAUGACAACUGGAUCCUGCAUCGUGACCUUAAGACCUCCAACCUGUUGCUGAGCCACAAGGGCAUUUUAAAGAUUGGAGAUUUUGGACUGGCACGAGAGUAUGGUUCCCCGCUGAAGCCUUACACACCGGUGGUGGUCACUCUGUGGUAUCGUGGCCCAGAGCUUCUUUUGGGGGCAAAGGAAUACUCCACAGCUGUGGACAUGUGGUCAGUGGGCUGCAUAUUUGGAGAGCUGCUUACCCAGAAACCACUCUUCCCGGGCAAGUCUGAGAUUGACCAGAUCAACAAAAUAUUUAAGGACCUCGGCUCUCCCAGUGAGAAGAUUUGGCCAGGCUACAACGAGAUGCCUGCGGUGAAGAAGAUGACUUUUACAGAAUAUCCCUAUAACAACCUGCGCAAGCGCUUCGGAGCUCUGCUCUCAGACCAAGGCUUCGACCUCAUGAACAAAUUCCUGACCUACUGCCCCGCCAAGCGGAUCAGCGCUGAUGAGGCAUUAAAGCACGAGUAUUUUCGGGAAACGCCGCUCCCUAUCGAGCCCUCGAUGUUCCCAACUUGGCCCGCGAAGAGUGAACAGCAGCGGGUGAAAAGAGGAACGAGCCCCCGACCCCCGGAGGGAGGCCUGGGCUACAGCCAGCUGGGUGAUGACGAUCUGAAAGACACUGGAUUCCACUUGACGACAGCCAACCAAGGACUGUCCAAGUCAGGCCCAGGAUUCAGUCUGAAGUUCUGAGGUAAAUGGUCAGAGCUAAGGGAAUUGUUUGCUCUUUGUGGCACUAAUGCCAGGACUCAGCUUAAAAGAGACUCCCUGAAAGCUGACCAGAUUUUCCUCUGAGACUCCAUGAAGCAAACUGUUCGAAACAGUAUGAAGAUGGAGAAAUUCAAGUCCUAUCUGUUCAUCUACUCCUAGCAGUUAGAGGCAAUGAACUGCUCCUGCAUUGCACAUAAUCCCAAAUUGGGGUUCUGACUUCUGAUAUAAUUGAAUCUCUCUGUCUUUCUUUUUUUUUUUUUUUUUGGAUUGUCCUGUUUGUUUGUCUAGAAGUUUUAGCUUCCACUCAAUUUCACUAAGUACAGAUUUUGAGUUUCAUGGGGUUUUUUUUAAGCACCAGACAAAGGACUGUUCAGAUUCAAAACCGCAUUCCAGGCUACACAUAAUGGAUUCAUAACUGGGGUUUGCCAAAACUGUCAGUUAUUGACACAGGUGAUAUUGGGUUUUAAGAAAUAAACUAUUUCCAAGUCUAUUUAUAUACUUUUACUAUUUCUCAAAUGUCAGUAGUGAAUCUUUUUUCAUUUUAUUUUAUUUUUUUUUUUCUUUUUUAGUUAAAGCAGCAGUUACGAAACUGACGUUUAAAACAGAAAUGACAAAAAGUGGAGAAAACAGUCAGGGCAGCCUUGAAAGCAGCUCCAGCACCAGAUGUCCAAAAAUGAUGUCAUUCUUUGCACUGCACACACACUCGGCACAAUCAAAUCCGCCUCCUCCAUUUUAUUAGCAAAGAAGCCAGAGUGACUUUCCGUUGAAGUCGAUAUUCUCCACUUCAGUCAUGGAUACUUAAAGACUUGGGAGUUUAAAAAUGGGAAUGAGAAAUAAAGUGCUUUAAUUUCCCAGGUAUUAUAUAGCAUCUUGUUUCUGAAGUAGCCCUGACUCACUGGAUGAUCACUGUGUGGUCUGCCUGUGUUUUCAUUUCUUCAGUAGUCACAGUUGCUAAUUAAAUGGUUGAAAUGUCAUACAGCUGGUAGACAUUUGAAGUACAAUUACUGGUCAAUUUCUCGGCAUAGCAGCUACUGGCUAUAGGAUAUUCAGCCACCGCGGAACACGUUUUAAGGCAAGGCUCAAAUUCAUCAUGGCUUAUAUGGAUUUUAAGUGCGUAGACUGGUUAAAGUGUGAAAAUUAUCAUUGUAAAAAACAAAAACUGUGACGCUGAAAAUAUGAGGAUCUGAGUUCGUGCUGAGCAUGUCACAGGCAAGUGUUUUCAUCAUAAAA